AUGAAUAGCGGUGAGGAUUUUCUGAAUUUCAUACCCUGUGCCUUGUCAAUAAAGAUACUUAAGUCUCUACACGAUCCAUCUGACCUUGUUCGAAUCAUUGCCAUCUCCCACUCUUGGCGACAAUUUGUGAUUAGAAAUGGUCUAUGUAAACAUCUUUCCCUGCGAAUGUUUCCUCAAUUAUCUAGAGUUGAUCAUGUCAAUGAACUAUGUGGCUCUACAAAAGGUCAUAUUGGACCUGGAUCCUGCAAUUUUAUGAAAUGGAAAGCUUUGAAGAGGGAGUAUAGAGUUUAUGCCUUUCUAGCCCGACAGUGUUCAUUACUUACUGUUUGGGACUGUCUCUCAGAAGCAAUAAUUGCUUCUACCACUGGUAAUUUUCCAAGGGAAAGUAUAAAUAAUACUUUGGAGGAAAGUUCAACUUCUUAUUGGUCAAGUAAAGGAGAUAGUAAUCCUGCAGUACUUGAAACGUUGACAUAUAAAUUGGCUGCUAAUUUUUAUCUUAUUAAGGAAAUCGGGAUAAGACCUUAUAAAGGUAAUUAUUUUAAUCUUGCAAAUGUUAUUAUUAAAUUCGUAUUUGAUCCAGCCAUCUCAGCAAAAUCUGUGAGAUUUCGCUUGGGCCAUAUCAAGUCUUCCCCUAGCAAUCAUGUGGAUGACCCGUUCUCAUGGACUUACACCUUACAGAAGUUUGAAAUGUCUCAGGCCAAAUCCAUGAAGAAUAAUAACCCGAAGGCUCUCCUCGGCAUAAGGUGUUCUUUGAACCAGUUAUAUGGAGGCCUUGUAAGGUGCUGUCAAAAUCAGGAUGAAGGUCGUAUAGCCUUUGACGUAAGGGCACCUGUUAUUAUGGGUUUUGCAAGGAACCACAACCAUUGUACAAACCAUGUCAGAGGGAAGGGGGACCAGUACACGUUGCUACCGAAUCAUUCCAGACCACCUUGCGUGGAGACUUGUUGCAAUGUGGCUACUUGGGACCACUUUUACAGCAGCAAAUGUGGAGACUUCACUACUGCAGUGGAGACCAUCGAUGAGUUGCUAGAGGACCACUGCUAG